AUGGUAGCCACUGACGCGUACUUCAACUCACUAACUUCAAGUCACCUCAGGAAGAAGCCGCAUAGACCUGGUAGGCCUAAACGAAUAGUGAGGGAUUGCUGGGAACGCUUGGCAGAGGAACCUGUCAGAUUGAUUUUCAACUCGCACCUCCUGCAGGGGUUCGACCGCGUCUCGGGAGCAGUGGGGAACAUUGAGUCUGAAUGGGCCUUGUUUUGCACUGCCAUUGUUGAGGUGGCUGCUGGGAGGUGUGCCCGCAAGGUACCUGGGACCAGUCGUGGUCGAAACCCCCGAACCAGAUGGUGGACACCAGAGGUGAGGGGGGCCAUCAGGAUGAUGAAGGAGGCCUACAGGGCAUCGUUGGCCUCUGGGUCUCCUGAGACAGCUGACUGGUACCGGCAGGCCAAGCAGCUGUGGCUGUCGCAGAGUGGGGGCAGGGAGCUACUGACUUCAACUGAGGACAUAGUCAGGUGGUGGAAGGAAUACUUUGAGCACCUCCUUAAUCCCACCAACACGCAUUCCAUGGAGGAAACAGAGCCGAGGGGCCCGGGGUUGGACGGAUCAAUCACUGGGGCAGAAGUCUCCGAGGUAGUGAAAUUACUUCGCAGCGGCAGAGCUCCGGCAGAGGAUGAAAACCGCCCUGGGUUUCUCAAGACUUUGGAUGUUACAGGGCUGUCUUGGUGGACACGCCUGUGCAACAUUGCCUGGUCAUUGGGGGCAGUGCCUUUGGCAUGGCACACCGGGAUGGUGGUGCCUAUCUUUAAGAAAGGCGACCAAAGGGUGUAUUCCAACUAUCGGGGAUCACACUCCUCAGCUUCCACGGGAAAGUCUAUGCCAGGGGGCACCCUGUGUGGGGUACUCCAGGAGUAUGGGGUGGAUGGCCCUUUGUUAGGGGCCAUCCAGUCCCUGUACCACAGGAGUAUGAGUCUGGCCCGUGUGGCUGGCAACAAAAUUUCUAGGCGCAGCCGGGUGGUGGAGGGGGUCGAGUUUGAUCGUGGGAGGAUCUCUUCUCUGCUUUUUGCAGAUGAUGUGGCUCCAUCGCACAGCGACCUCCAGCUCUCACUGGGGCAGUUCGCAGCCGAGUAUGAAGCGGCUGGGACAAGAAUCAGCACUUCCAAUUCUGAGGCCAUGGUUCUCAUCCGGAAAAGGUUGGAUUGCUUGCUCCAGGUCAGGGGUGAGUGCCUGCCCCAAGUGGAGGAGUUCAAGUAUCUCGGGACCUUGAUCACGAGUAAGGUUAGGUUGGAGCGUGAGAUCGACAGGCGGAUUGGGGCGGCAUCUGCAGUGUUGCGGGUGCUUAACCAGUCUUUCGUGGUGAAGAGGGAGCUGAGCCAGAAGGUUCAAACAUGUAAGGAGUUAUUGUAUGCAGCCUUUCCUGGGACCCCUCGCCACGACACAACGAUCCUGAAGGGCUACUUUCGCUGGAAAUGUCACAAUCGCUGGUGCUGCUAUGUCCUGUUUGACUUCCUCUCCAACCUUGGACUACAGAAAUAUUAUCCGAACAAACUCACCCUCGACUCUCUGUUGGAAGUCAACAAAAGUAGCCUAUCUGAAAGUGCCGUUUUAUCAGAAGAUGAAAUACCAUUUGUUUUCCUUAGAAAACUGUUCAAAAUCAAUGCUGAAUGCAGAAAAUUUACAAAGGGACUAAGUAAUCAUGGAAAGACCGAAGCCACUCUCGACCAGCUGGACAUUUACACUGCACCUGACUCAGAAAACACAGUUCAUCCUCUUGACCUGAUAGUAGGUCUAUUUCUUUGUGCCGACAGCUUCUUGCGACAGGAAAUGGCUCUCAAGAUGUCAUUAUGCCAGUUUUCAGUCCCACUGUUGUUGCCCCACUGCAACAACAAUCAAUCUACUCUGAUGUUAUGGACAUUGAGAGAAAUUGUAAAAGAAUGGUGUCCACAUGAGUUGUCUGAGACAAAAGGAUUUGUGGAGAAGUACAUUGUCGAAGCAUCUAUACCAUUCCUUUCCUUUGUGAGGCUGAAAAACUGCAGUUUAUCCAAAUCUCAGUUCUUAAAUCACAUCCUCAGCCGUGGCCAACAGAACCACAGCAUGUUCAUACACAGAGACAUGGAAGGAGGGGCACGAAGAAGAAAAAUUGCAAAUACGUUGGUGGAGGUUGGCUGGUUCCUUCCUAGUGGGAGAGAAAAUACUGACAUAUUCCCAGAGCCUAUUGCAUUCGCAAAUUUGCGAGGUGAUAUUUGUGAGUCGCUCACACAGUUUACCUUCCUUUAUGAAGUGUCCAAUGCAAUCUUUGUAUUCAUGGACAAAGUUGAAGAAAAGGAGCAUGAAAUUCUGACAGCUCUUGAAGACGCGAAAUCAAAACUGCAUUUUGUUGUUAAUCGCAAAGACAGCACCUCUGCGGACAUAACGUCUGUCAAGAAAUCAAUGCAGGAACUGGAAUUACCAAAAACCAACAUUAAAAUCAAAGACUCGAGGGUGAAUGUGGCAGGAUUUUCUCAGAAACUGUGUGGAGCCAUCAAAAAUUCACUGUCUACUGUGAAAAAAACAAUGAGUAUUGAAAAUAUGAGCACAAAAGCAAUCAAAUUGGGACUUUCAGUGGAUGAAAACAUUACUCUCGACCAGAAAAAAACCGCUGAACAUGUCAUGAAGGGUAUUACUGAACAAAGUAUAGCAAAUUACAAAAAAAAACAACUGCCUUUGCAAGGAGAAAAUUGGAAGAAGUUAUCACAACUGGAGAUGAAGGAAUGCAGAAUGAAUGAUGUUAGCACAGUUGGUGGUGAGCAUUACAAAGCUCAACUACAGCAGGAGAAAAAAAAGCUUUGGAAAGAACAAGACAAGAAAAAGCGGCCAAAAGGAAUGCAAGAUUUUAUUGACACCUUAGCAAGAAGCAACAAAGAAGAAAAGCGCUACUUUUUGAAGUGGAUGAAAUUCAUUUGUAAUAACAAUUCCCGAGACACCCUUACUGUCCUGCGAAACAAAUUCAAAGAGCAAUGCAAAAAGAAGGAUGCCAAACUCAUUGCAGAGAUUGAUCAAGAAUUGUUGGACAGCUCUUUAGGAGUUGAGCAUUACAUGAGAGAAAUGGGAAUAAACUAUGAGGUUUCCAUGCAGUCGCACGGUGGUGCAGAAAAAUUGUCUUAUUUGCCUUCUGUAGCUGCUGAAAUGCUGUUGGAUGGAUAUCCAUUGGAGUUUUUAGAUGGAGAUGCUUCAAAUAUCCCAGAGAAGUGGAUGACUGCCGUGUUAAUGGAGCUUCACAAGAAAGUCGGUGAAAAAAGCAAGCUGAUAGCAAUAUCUGUGUUGGGUGUUCAAAGCACUGGAAAAUCAACACUUCUCAACACCAUGUUCGGUGUUCACUUUCCAGUCAGCAGUGGCAGAUGCACAAGAGGCGCCUACAUGUUAUUCCUCAAAGUUGGAGAUGAUACCAAAGAGAAAUUGGGUUGUGACUUCAUCCUUCUUAUUGAUACUGAAGGUCUGAAAUCCCCUGAUCUUGCACAACUAGAAAAUAGCUAUGAGCACGACAACCAGUUGGCAACCUUCGUCAUCGGUUUAAGUGAUGUCACCAUUGUCAACGUUGCAAUGGAGAAUGCAACGGAAAUGAAAGACAUCCUGCAAAUUGCUGUCCAUGCUUUCAUGCGAAUGAAACAAAUUGGGAAAAAAACAGUUUGUCAUUUUGUCCACCAAAAUGUUGCUGGAGUGUCUGCACAUGACAAGACCUUGACAGAGAGACACCAUCUAUUGGAUCAGCUCAAUGAAAUGACAAAAAUUGCGUCUGAAAUGGAGAGACAGCCGACAAUUCAAGCAUUUACGGAUGUGCUCGACUAUGACUUAGAAAACAACAACUGGAACAUUCCAGGACUUUGGCAUGGAACGCCUCCAAUGGCACCAGUCAACACUGGUUACAGUGAGGCUGUAGCAGACUUCAAGAAAAAUCUUCUGGAGACCUUGGGAAAAGAAAAGCGAAAUGAAAUUGGCAAUAUUCCAGAAUUACUUGAAUGGAUGCGUAGUCUGUGGAAAUCAGUCAAAUAUGAGAAUUUCAUCUUUAAUUUCAGAAACACACUUGUGGCCCAUGCUUAUGACAACUUGUGCAAAGAGUUUGGCCAGUGGGAAUGGCAGAUGCGAAAAGAAAUCCUCUCCUGGCAGAAAGAAGCAGAGUUGGAAAUUUUAAAUGCUCACGAAGCUGAAUGGGGCACAUGGGACAGGUUGCUCAUAUCAAGGAAAUCAAAACUACUUGAGGAAAUUGAAGUACAGCAAACCAAAUUGAAUGAGAAGCUUACCAACUAUUACAGAAGGACAGACCGACAUGUUAAUUUGAUAGAGAAAUACAAAACCGACUUUUUUAAUUCUAUCAGGAGUCUGUCAAAUGAGAUUCAACAUUCAGUGGAAAAUGAAUUGGACAAAGCCCUCGACCGCAAAAUCGGCUUUGAAAAGGUGCAGGAUAUACAACGGAAGUACCGGCGUGUGAUUGAAGAGAAAGUCAUGAAACUUCUGCAUGACUUCAAAAACUCGAGGCUGUCUGACGACCAACUGAAAGAGGAGUUUGAGAAAAUGUGGAAUGUAGCUACUGCCAAUGUUCCCACACUAGAAGAACAAGAUAUACCAUCAAAAAUUCUCACCAAACUGAAGGAAAAUUUCUCAAAUCGCAAAGUAAAUGAAAAACUAGGAGAUAUUAAAAGCCUAAAGGAUUUGGGAAUGGAACCAUUUAAGACCAAAAGUGAACAUCAAAACUUGAAGAAGUUAAUUCAGAAUAUCUGGACAGGAGAAUUAGAAAUUUUUGCAAAGGGAAUUAUUGAAUUAUCCCACCGAUUUAUUGUUGAUAAAAGCAAGUCAGAUGCUGACUACCAUGAUUCUUUCACAAGGGAUCUGCUGCAGAUGAUUGAUGAAAAGCUGAGUGAAGGUUACAAGCGUCAUCAAACCACCAAUAAGUUUGAGAUCGACAUCAAACUUCAUAUUUGUGGCAUUGCUGCUACAGAAUUCCACAAGAUGCACCAACAGUUCUUGUCAAGGAAUGACCCUCGAAAACAACUGGAAAAGUCCAAGAAUCAGUACUUGUCAGACUUUCUGGAUUCUUACAAGGAAAACAAUGAUUGCAAACGCAAAGCAGAUGAUUUUGUCCAGCUUUGUUUCAAGCCAGCAAUUGAGGAUUACAUCAACAGAGCUUUGGGAAUUGACAUUGUGGAUGAUAUUUUGACAAGCAGCCAUUCAAUGAUGUACAGCUCACGCUCUUGUUUUCAAUACGACAUUCAGAGAGAAUUAUUGGAGAAAGAUGAUUUCGAGACUUUUGUCAAGUACAUUUUGUACUAUGAAACAUAUGUUAAGGAUCAGAUUCUUCUUCAUAUCAGUCAGAAAAUGGACAAGGACAAGAUGUUGUUUAAAUUAAAGAAGAACAACUUGGAGGCUGUGGUUUCUAAAUUAAUUAAUGCAAUGACACAGUCCUCAAAUAUAGUAUCAGAUGACGAUGCAAAUAUUUCAAAUCUCGUCAAGGAAAUGCGCAAAUCUCUGGUUAAAGACAUUGUAAUAUCAGAGGAAGCACAAAAUGGCAGUCUUUUUCAGAUCAAAAGCACAUGCCAAUCAUUUACACAAAGUGUCAUUGUGUCUUUGAAUGAAUUGAAAGAAACACUCCUUGAUCAAUUUUCCAAAACUAAAGACGUAACUGAAAGUCUAGAUCAACUUGCAAUAAAACCGCAGGAUGAGCUUUUCAAGCGAAUAUUUGGAUGUGGACACCAGUGCCCGUUUUGUCGAGUUCCUUGUGAAGCAGGUAGCAAAGAACACAAAAAACAUCACGCAGCUGUGCAUCGACCACAGGCACUUGGAAGAUACAGGAACAGCAAAACUCAGAUACUUGUUGAAACUCUUUGUACGACUGACGUGCAGAGUAAUAGGCAAUUUAAAAAUCAAGUAACCAGUGAAAGGUUUGUUCCUUACCGAGACUACCACCUCUACUAUCCUGACUGGCACAUUCCCCCAGACCGUACAAUGGAAGCGUCUGAUUACUGGAAAUACGUACUGGUGCGCUACAAUGACCAAUUUGCAAAAGAGUAUGAGGCCAAGCCAGCCAAUGUUCCAGAGCCCUGGAAGAAAAUCACAAAGGAUGAAGCGCUGAAGGGUUUGAUGGAUGCUUUCAGUAUCAAAUAA